CAGCCUCCCGAGGGGCCAAGCCCAAGGGGAGGCCUUCUUCUCCAGGAACCCUCCGAGCGCUCUGCUGUGCCGUGGGUGUGAGGGCCCGGCCAGUCCAGUGCACUGGGCGGCGUGCCGUGCUGGGCUGGGAUGAAGGGAAACAGACCCUGAGGGGGGUUCCUGUCCUUCUGGUCCAGCUGGCUCCUGGGUGUCAGGCCUGUGGACCUCGCUGCUGCAGACAAGCCCUCUCCUGUCCUGGGGCCUGCAGUUUAUGGGGACGCCUCCCCGCCCCCCAGAGCUGGAGGAACAGAGACUCCUGGGAUGCCGGUUUGGAAAUAACAGAUACCAAAUCCUUUCUAAAUAUGUCACUGGAGGCCUGGCCCAGCUGCGGGCAACCCCAGCGCCCGCCCUUCACCGACUCCUGGCCGCCUGCCGCCUUAAUCCGCCGGGAAAAACGGCGCUGCUGAGAGCUCGGCCGCAUGUGCUCCUCUCCAGGAAGACCGAGGCCGCUCCAGGCCCAGUGGAUUCAGGACGCAGCGUCCUCCCGGACUGGAGAGGCAGCCCCGGAAGGUCCCGCCCUAUCCUGGCUCGACACUGCGAGGAAGACACUUUCCUUGAGUGUCCUGCUUGGGCUCAGCUACCCCCACCCCAAGCCAGACCUGGGCCACCCACCCACCCACCCUGCACCAGGAAGGCGAGGGCCAGGCCCCCCAGGAAAGAGGCCACCCUCCCGGGCAAGCAGGAGCAGCACUCGGUUGCGGUCAGCCUCAAGGUCGCACAUCCCCCCAGCAGCCCUUCCUGGAGGUGGACGGCAGUCUGCACUGUGCACUCCCCAUGCGGGGCCGGUCCCUGGUCCUCCGAGCAGCGUGCAAAGCCCACCUACAGGGUGGGGGCAGGGCCCCGGGCAGCGCCAGGCCUCUUCCGACCAGCCCCUCCUGUUGCAUCGGGCGUGCCCGGAGAGGUCAGCCCUGCCUGAGGAACAGGGCCACGGGAAAAACCCAGCCUAGGGAGGCAAUGAAAGGCCCUCCCCACCUGGCCACCAGUGGCUGAAGUCCUGUGGUGUCUACCGCUGAGCUGGGGGCUACCUACAGGCAGGGACAGGGCAGGGCACCCAGCAGGUGACACCCUGAGUGACAACUGGAGAGGGAGGCCUGGAGAUCCAGACCGUGGGCAGUCACCACAGUGCCCAGCUCUGGCCACUUGCUAAUGAAGGAACCAUCUGGAAGAAGGAGGGCUGGCCCGGAGGGCAGGAGGGGUUUGAACCAGACGGUGUCCACAAGAGGCUUCCAGUGAGGGGGCCCAGCCUGCCCCCUGACCCCAUCAGCGCCCUGCCCGCCGGAGUUCGGAGGAGCAUGUUGGCAACUGUGAAGGGAGAGACCCCAGCCUCGGUCUCUCCCCUCAGACCUGCUCCUGUCACCGUGGCCCAGAUUCUGCUUCUGGAAAUACACUCCCAAUUAAAUCAGAAAGCCCAGAGAGAAAACGGGGGGUUACACAACACCUCGUUACCAGCAGCUCCCAGGGGCCCAGCGGCCACGCCUUCUCCUGUCACCACACG